AUGUCGCUCUGCAAGCACUGCAUUUCUGGUGUCACCCACGAGGGUACCCCUGAGGGCAAGAUUGAGACCAUCAACGGCAUCGAGUCCUACAUCGCCACCCCCUCCAACGACUACCCCAAGGAUAAGGCAAUUCUUUUCCUCACCGAUGCCUUCGGUAUCCCCCUCAACAACAACAAGCUCAUCGUUGAUGCUUUCGCUCGCAACGGCUACAAGACCAUCAUUCCCGACCUUUUCAACGGCGACGCCAUCCCUGCCAAGGCCAUGGAGAAGGGCGAGUUCGAUAUCCAGGCGUGGUUCCCGAACCACAUGCAGGCGCAGACGCGCCCGGUGAUCGACAAGGUCAUCGCCGGCCUCAAGGAGCAGGGCGUGAAGGAGUUCCUCGCCAUCGGCUACUGCUUCGGCGCACGCUACGCCUUCGACCUCGCGUUCGAGAACAUCGUCAAGGUCGUCGUCGUCAACCACCCAUCGCUCCUGCAAAACCCCGCUGAUCUCGAGAAAUACCUCUCGAAAGCGAAAGCCCCCCUGCUCAUCAACUCGUGCGAGACCGACUCGCAGUUCCCGCCCGACUUCCAGGCCAAGGCCGACGAGAUCCUCAAGGACAAGUUCGCGCCCGGCUACAAGCGCGUGUACUGGGCUGGCUGCACGCACGGCUUUGCCGUGCGCGGCGACAUCAGUAACCCGACGAUCAAGGAAGCCAAAGAGGGUGCGUUCAAGGCUGCCGUUGAGUGGUUCGGCGCCCACGCGUGACCAUGCUCAGAAGUAGUGUUGCCGUCAAGGCGAGGCGAGGCGACCCUAGAGGUGACCUCGCCUCGACGGCAGCACUAACAGGUAGAUUAAUGGACCUCUCCGUCGUGGCCGAUAGAGUAGUUCUCACCAUAAAAGCUACUAUGUGCCUGAAACCCAUUCUCUAUCCAAGCUUCCGGUCUUGACCUCCACCGAAGUUGAACGAAUAGAAUUGGCGUACCGUUCAUAUUGUACAUCGACUUAUGACUUUUCUCAAAGCAUCUUUCAGCUUAUGACACAGAAUGCCCUGCUUGAUCUACAAAUUGUACAGCCAUUAGUGAUACAAUAUCAG